AUGGUAGUACUCUACAAAACAACUGAACAGUGGACUUUGGCAAUGGAGACUUAUGAAAAAAUUUGGACCAAUUCUCAUGAGCGCGAUCAAACUGGUGAAGUGGAAGUAUUCGUCAAAAUAUUAGGACAUACUGAAAACAACAGUAAUGCACAUCAUUUAACUGAUAAAAAUCGAAAGUUUCUUGGUGGUAAAACUAUUUCGAGAUUCUUAGACAAGCACCAAAAACACAAUGUGUUAUAUGCUUAUGCUGAAUUAGCUGAUCAUCAUUUGAAGUACAAUUCUCUCGAUCAUGCAUUUUUAUAUUAUCAAGAAGUUCUUCAAUGUGAACUGAAAAUUGAUUCGCACCUAAUCCUUCGAUGUCUCUAUGGUAUCGGAAACAUUUAUGAAAUGCGCAAAGAGUAUUCUUCAGCUAUAGAAUGGCUUAAAAAAGGCAUCGAUUAUAGUAUAAAGGAUACAUCAGAUAUUGGUAUGGGCUUGAUAGAUAUUUAUAAAAAGUCUUUAUCAAUAUUCAAUGAAAAGCUAAAUGAUACAUAUUCAUCAAUUAUUUAUAUGACGGAAAUAAUUAACAAUUUGAUUGGAAAUACAGAUAGUAUUGAAAAAAGAAAUGAUUUAAUAGCGAAAGUUUAUAAAACAACAAUUCAAUUUUAUCAUUAUCAUGAUAAAACCCAAAUUGAAUCAAUAUGCAACCAUAUUCAUCAAGUUUUAGAGAAAAUUAAAAUUCAUGAUCAAGGUUGGAAAAAAUGGUUAUGUAUCGGAUCGACGUGUAUUUGGGAGAUAUUUUAUGAAGAUUAUCAUAAUUGUAACCCUAUCAUAGACGAGAACAAUAUUAUCUAUCUGAAAUUAUAUCAAAAAAUAUUUGCUAUUCUUUCAAAGAACACCUCAAAUAAAUUACAAACUGAAAUCAAUCGCUGUGAAAAAUUUCUCAAUCAUUUAGAAUAUUCCAUGUUAGAUUUUCAGAGUUUCGUUAUACAAUAA